AUGCGCGGGGCGGAUCUUUCAGGACAAGACCUUAGAGGCGCUGUCUUCGCAGCUUGUGACUGCAGAAAGAUCAAUCUAAGAGGAUCAAACCUCGACAGCAGCACUGAUACUUUUGCGGGAUUCGAAGGUGGUGAUCUUCAAGACACAAGCUGGUACUUGUCUCUUCAUGGAAAAUCUUAUACACGUUUUGCAAACAGGGUUCAAGCCUUGGCUGAUCGGGUCGUGUUCCGAAUGACGAAUCUACAAAACGGCGCAGAUAUCACUGGAGCCGAUUUCACAGAAGCAAUCCUGGACAACUACCAGCGUCUCAAGCUUUGCAAGCGAGCAACAGGGACGAACUCGAUCACUGGCGUUGAGACACGAGAGAGCCUCGCUUGUUCGUAG